AUGGCCGAUGAACACACUCCAUUACUCGAACACGCGCUAGUCGGAGCAACUCGCAAUGAAAGUCGCCGGGGAGCUCCCAAGCGGCAUUCUUGUUCUCAGCAUGUAAACACCAGAAAGUUGCUCAAUAGCAGACACGUGUCGAUGAUCUCCAUGGGUGGCAUCAUCGGCACGGGGUUGUUCAUGGGCGUGCGGCUUCUGCUCAUCAAUGGCCCGUUAAUCAGCUUGGCCUCAUACAUAUAUAUCAGUUUCAUCUGCUAUUUCAUUGUCCAGGCUGUAGGGGAGAUGUCGUGCUAUAUGCCCUUGAAUGGCGGCUUAUGCCAGUUUCAAUUCAAGUUCAUCUCGAAUUGCGUGGGGGUGAUGAAUAAUUUUGUCUAUUGGCUUAGUUGGUCCGUGACGUUGGGGUUGGAGUUGGGUUUAAUGUAUGAGCUUGUGGUUGCGUUUUUUGCAAACGUGCCAUUCUCGGGUGUAGGUGUGGGCGGUUGGAUCAUCGGAAAUCAAACGUGGGUCAUGUUGGUCAUGUGGACUGUGUUGACUGGGUCCAAUCUAUUUCCCGUGAAUUUCUACGGAGAGAUCGAGUUUGCGGUAACGAUCAUCAAGAUUGCGUUUAUAAUGUCGUGGAUUGUGUUGGCGUCGUGGUUAGUUUGGAGCCGUGGCGGCGGCGGUGGCGAGGGUUUCAAGAAUUGGAGCGGGGACUUAAUGUGGGGGGUCGAUACUUUUCACGUGGCGGCCAACCCCAUUUUGAAUAAAGUCAUCAAUGUCUUCACAUCGUCCCUUGUCUCGUCGUGUUUCACUUUCCAGUCGAUCGAGUCCGUGGCAUUGUGCUCGGGCGAGAUUCAAGAUAUCCAUAAACUGUUGCCGCGGUCCAUCAAAUACAUCGUGCUGAGAAUCAUUGUCUUUUACAUUGUGACGUUGUUCUUGUUGACGCUUAUGAUUCCAUGCAACGACCCCGCGUUGUUGCCCAAUGGAGACGACCAAAUCUUGUCGUCGCCGUUUUUGAUUGGCUUGGUCAAUAUGGGCGUGGCCGUGAACUCCAAAAUCCUCUCGCUUUUCAAUCUUGUGAUUCUCAUAUCGGUCGCGUCUGCUGCCAAUAGCAACAUCUAUUUCGGCUCGAGGUGUCUCCUAUCGAUGGUUGAAGAAGGCUAUUUCUGGCUGCAAUUCGGCAAGACGAUAAAUGGGGUACCGGUAUACUCGACCUUGUUGACGUCAGGGAUCGGGUUGAUUGCGCUCUUGUCGCACUUUAAAGCUGCCGAUUACUUGUUUAAACUGCUCAUCACUUGGUCUGCGUCAAGCGGGUUGGUGAUGUGGAUGUGUCUUCUGAUUAGUUAUCUCCGGUUCAGAGAGGCUUUGAGAGUAUGUGGGGAAGAUUAUCGCCGGUUGUCUUAUCAAUCGCCGUUGCCAAUGGAGACACUCGGCAGAGUUUGCAUUGCGAGCAUUCUGGUUAUCAUCUUGAGCAACGGGUUGAUCAAUAUUUGGCACUUCCAAUGGGAAAACUUCCUAACCAGCUACGGCAGCUCGUUGAUUGUGCUUACUGGCACUCUCUACUUGAGUUACAGAUGGGGUGAGCCGAUCCUAACUCCAAUUGCGGAAAUCGACAUCUACACUGGUCAAUCCUCAUUUGCCUUUAUAGAAUGA